CAAUUCGGGGGGUUUGUUUUUCUUUGUUUACGAGAAGGAUAGACGGGGGGAGGACAGGCUGCUGCACGACAAGGCAGAGAGUCUUUCCGAUCGCUGCUUGCAGCCCCGAGUCGUGCAUAUCAUAUCCCCCGAACAAACGACGAGAGAGGCAAUGAUUCAUUCGUCUUCCUGAUGGUUUGCAACGGAGAUUAUACCGCCACUAGAUAGGUAGACAGACACGUUACUCCUCCGUAUCCCCAAACGGUUUGUCUCUGCUGGCCUCGAAACUCGUUUGACCGCAACCCGAUCCCGAGCUCGCGCUUGUCGGCAGUGUCCAGUGUCCGGCCUGUUCGAUGCAUCAUCAUCAUUGGAGGAGCCUGCAGGAGAACGCAGCCGCCCCCAGUCCCGUCGUGCCGACCUGUCGCCCUGCCCAACACCCCCCACUCGCUGCGUCGCCGGCUCGACGACGCAGACGCUCCAGCAUGCCCCCGGCUGCGCCCUAUAACCAGGACCUGCUGCCGCCCAUCGAGUCCGCGCAAAAGCCUUUCGCUCGUCUGGCUGGUGACGUCGCCUCGCCGCUGCCGCCGUCGUCUUCGUCGUCGUCGUCAUCGUCGUCGCCAGAGGCCUCCUCACAGACCUCCUCACAGGCCUCCUGGGCCGGCGACAUGAUCAAGAAGCGCCUCCGUCUACUGUCCCAGCGGGGCAGAAAGGAAGAAUCUGACAGCAACCCCAGCAGUCGCUACGAGGACGAGUCCCGCCAGCUUCUCGCCCUGCAGCGCGAGGGGUUCCUGCCCCUGGCCUCGGGCAAGAAGAGCCUAAAAAGCCUCGACUCCAACUCGUCGCGGUCCAAGUCCCGUAAGGACGUCGAGGAAAUCGGCCUGCCUUGGCUCGACCAACAUUCCAAUCGCAAGGAACGGCGGCCCGUUUCCAGCAGCAAUGAAAGCAAGGCUGUGAGCGUCUCUUUACCUCAACACGAGGACGUCCUGGCCGCAUUGGACCUGGGCGAUUUCAGCUCCAUUGUCGAGGCCGCCGUCUCGCUGUCGUCGGGCUAUAGCGAUAUCGUCCCCCCGUCAUAUCGGCCUUUGACGAAGGACUCCAAUACCGAUCAGCUCGGCCCUACCCCCGAGGCGGACAGUCAGGAUCCAGUCCGAGACAACGAUCCUCGUCAAAGCGAAGACUUUGAAGCAAUCCUCACCAGUAUCCUGUCCGCCUCCAGUGUCAACCCUGAUAAUCUGGAAAGUCAUCGAGGAAACGAUCCUGCAGCCUCAUCGACCAUACCGGAAGAGCCUUCUGAGCCAGCAGAGAGCAAAGGAGACACAAGCCAAAAGCCUCCUGCAGCGCCGCAACCCACUCCCAACCCGGCCCCUAUGCCUCUCAAGCUGUUUCCAGACCCUCUACCCCCGCGCGAUUCUAGCAAGAUAGCCUGGCGAACCUCAUCCGGCGGGCGUCCCUCCGCCUCAAACCCCACAGCCAGACCUAGUUCUCCAACGCCGCCAGUCACCUCCAAACCAACAUCCGCGACGCCCACAGAGGUCGUACCAGAGAGGUCUUCGCAAGCGCCACCCGCAGACGACGACUCGGGUUCCAAACCACAACCGCCAGGCUCCACCAUGUCUGCUUCAUCGGGCUUCCGGCCUGCCACCGCAGUGGCUGAGAAGGCUCGAGCCAAUGUGCCGCAUGAUAGAGGUUCGCAGACCAAACCCAACCGUCGACCGGUUUCCUUCCAGAUAGGAACCAUUAACGGGUUCCCUCUACCGGCACCUAUGAGACCGUUACCAUCAUUGCCGGAACCCAGUUCUGCGCCCAGCGCUCCUCUUCCUCUUCCUCCUCAGGGUGGCCAUUCCACGCCCACUGUUCCUCCUCCUUCUCUUCCCCAGGGUGGCCAUUCCAUGCCCAGCAACCCCCCUCCUUCUCUUCCCCUUCCUCCCCUUCCUCAGGGUGGUCAGCCAGCCAAUUUCAAAAAGCUUGAUGUUCGACCGAGCGAACAGCCUCUGUCUACACCCGCCCCUCACGAUGGACCAAGGAAAAACCAGCCGUCGCGUCUCCGGAUCGAGGACAAGGGGGACGAAGCGACGACGCCGAAAAGUGCAGCGCACUUAUCCGAGGCGUCUAUUCUGGAACGUACACGCAAGAGUCGGACGGAACGCGUGCGAGCUCUGCGAAUGAAAGACAUUUCGGACAGUCGGAUCUUUCUACAAGAGCCCGAGUCGCCCCCCGCAGCCGAGUACCCCCCGCACAUCGAAGAGUCGCCUGUGCUUCCCCGGGUAUCGUUUCAAGGGAACCGGGAUGCACGGCAUGCACGGAAUCACCAUUCCCACCAGGAGGCGGAUUCGCUGCCCGAGUCGGACCGCCGCAGUUCCCGAAGCAUCGCGCCGCCAGAGACACCUCAAUCGCACUCCUCUUCCGGUGAAGCUGCGCGCCUUCAUGGACGGGGACGGUCGGUAAGCGGUCGGAACUUCUCUGUCGCCACCAACGGCUCCGUCACCUCGUCCGAGGCUGCUGCGUUUGCAGCCCCGGACUCCCCCGGCAACAACCCUGUGCUCCGCAGCAGUAGCAUGCGCAGUGCUUCGGUCCGCUACCCGCACGAGCAACGUCGUCAACGCCGUCAACGAUCCGACUCGCCGUCUUUGCCCUCCUCGGAUGACGAGGCAUCGAACAUCGGUGUGCAUGUGACGUCGCGCCUGCAGCUGCCGUCGCAGCCACAGCAGCGGCGGACAUCAGACCGAGACGGUAAUACCCGAUCCCGACACACUAAGCACCGGGCUCCCGUCAGUAAUGGACCUGGCACACAGCAGGCGAUGCCCCGAAGCAGAAAGCCUGUGGAAAACCCUGUGGCUCCCCUGACGCCUCGCAACAAACGCAGCAACCAGAGUCUGGAGAAGCCACCGCCGUCGUCGCCGUCGUCGUCGCAACAUUCGCAACAUUCGCACCGGCUGCAUUCUGCACAGGUGAUCCGCUCUCUCGAGGCACGUAUCGCCGAGCUGGAACGCCAAAACCAGGCCCUGCAGGCCGCCCUGUUUGCAACGCUCAACGUCAAUGUAGGAAGUGGCUCUACCAGCGCGCUACUAGCUGCCACUGCGCCGCUGGCUGCUGGCGCACCGGCCUUUGGCGCUUCUUCCUCUUCCUUGCCAAUGAACAUGAGCAUGAACAAUUCAUCCAGCUCGGUCGAUCGUUACCAUCAACAGCAGCAGCAACACCACCACCACCACCAGCAUCAACAACAGCAGCAACACCAUUAUCAGCACGAAUCCGCCCCCUACAAUACCCGCCAGCUCCGUCGCGAGAAACUAGCCCAACCAUCUCACCAGCAACACCAUUACCAACGGCCGAGCAGCUGGGUUGGCACGGACAACAGUAGCAUGCGCAACAGCUAUGCGACAACCAGCUCGGGGAUCCCAGACGUCAAGGCACUGGAGGAUAUGAUUGAGGAUCUGGAGAUGGGAUGGCCGUCGGAUGGGUCGCGCCGCUCGAGCCUGCGGUAGUCUAUUGCUUGUUACCAUGAUUUUUAUUCUUCUUGAUUCUUCAUUUGACUGACUUCCGAACUUCCACUUCAAUUCUUUACCUGUUUAUUCCCCUGUGCUUUAUCACGAUACCAUUCUGUUCUAUACUUUUAUUAUCCUUAGGUUGGUCCGCUUAGUUAAUUGAGUCAAUCAUUAUUAUUAGUGUCUGGAUGCCUAGAUGU